GUCAGGAAGGUAGUGACGUCGUAGGUAAACAGGCUCUGUAGCCGUGGCAGCGGCGGUGGCAGGCUGGUUGGGUAUCGGCUGCCGCUGACCUGGGAGAAGCUGCCUGUCUACAUCAGCCUGGGCUGCAGCGCGCUGCCGCCGCGGGGCCGGCAGCCAUGGCCAAGGACAUCCUGGGUGAAGCAGGGCUGCACUUUGAUGAACUGAACAAGCUGAGGGUGUUGGACCCAGAGGUUACCCAGCAGACCAUAGAGCUGAAGGAAGAGUGCAAAGACUUUGUGGACAAAAUUGGCCAGUUUCAGAAAAUAGUUGGUGGUUUAAUUGAGCUUGUUGAUCAACUUGCAAAAGAAGCAGAAAAUGAAAAGAUGAAGGCCAUCGGUGCUCGGAACUUGCUCAAAUCUAUAGCAAAGCAGAGAGAAGCUCAACAGCAGCAACUUCAAGCCCUAAUAGCAGAAAAGAAAAUGCAGCUAGAAAGGUAAGAAGUCAUGAUGUAAAGCAAGUUCUUUACACAGCUGAAUUUCCACUCUUCCUUCUGGAAUGAUCACUUCUUGUCCUUAUUCUUCAUCGUUUUCCCAGGAAUAGCAUCUCACUUGUCAUCCUGAUUUGAAGAUUUUUUAAAAUAAAAUUACAUUUGAUGGGAAGGAAAUAGAAAACUUGUUAAUAUCAAGCCACCUCUAGUAGUUUGAGCAUGAAAGGGUCCACGAAGUUGGCUGGCUCUGUGAAAGAAGACUUUCCUAGGGCUGGAGAUUUCUCAUGGGUGGCUCUGGGUAGGGCUUUGCCUCUUUCUUUCUUCAUUCUGAACUCACAACAUUUCUUGAAAUCAUUUAAAUCUCUAUAUCCUUCUCUAGAAGAAUUAAGUCUGUGGUUUACUUCAUCUUUUUUUCAGGGCCUCUAACAAUUUUGUUUUUCAGGUAUCGGGUUGAAUAUGAAGCUUUGUGUAAAGUAGAAGCAGAACAAAAUGAAUUUAUUGACCAAUUUAUUUUUCAGAAAUGAACUGAAAAUUUCACUUUUAUAGUAGGAAGGCAAAACAAAAAAAGCCCCUCAAAACCAAAAAAACCUCUGUAGCAUUCCAGCGGCUUGACCAAUGACCUAUGUCACAAGAGGUGACAUGUAAGGAAUGCAGCCCCCUGAAGACAGCGCUACAAGUCUGGGGGAGCCAGUUUUAACAUCAGUGCACAGCUGCUGCUGGUGGCCCUGCAGUGUACAUUCUCACCUCUUAUGCUUAGUUGGAACUAAGCAGUUUGUAAACUUUCAUCCUUUUUUUGUAAAUUCACAAAGCUUUGGAAGGAGAAGCAAUAAAUUUUUGUUUUCAAAUGG